AUGGAGCAUGAAGUUAGGGCUUGUGUUACUGUAAAGAUUUAUGGUGUUUUUAUUGGUGUUACUGGAUGGGGUUCUCAGAGUCCUACUCAAGCUCAAAAUCUCAGGGAUUCUCUUGCAGAAGCUAAAUCUGAUAUUGUAGCGAAGAUCGGUUUACGAAAGGGUUCAAGCUCAUUUAACGAGGCUCGGGCUGCUGGCUUCUCUGAAGAAAGUGGAACCCUUGGAGAUUUUUAUGAGACUAUCUCUGGCAGUGAUUUGGUUCUGCUUUUAAUUUCAGAUUCCGCUCAGGCUGAUAAUUAUGAGAAAAUCUUUUCACACAUGAAGCCAAACAACAUACUUGGACUUUCACACGGGUUUCUUCUUGGUCAUCUGCAAUCGGUCGGGCUUGAUUUCCCCAAGAACAUAAGUGUGGUUGCUGUGUGUCCCAAAGGAAUGGGUCCGUCUGUCGGGAGACUGUAUGUUCAAGGAAAAGAUAUUAACGGAGCUGGAAUCUAUGCAAGUUUUGUUGUCCAUCAGGAGCUUAAUAAGGUGGCGGUGUUAUAAAUAUUUGUGCCAACAGAUGCUACAAAACCAAUUGAUCGAACAACAGUAUGAGCCACUUCAUAUGCUCUUCUAAACACGACUCGCUUAUAUGGAGAUUAGACCAUUCCCAGGUGCAUGUGCCAAUUUCUAUAGGUACUUUGGUGUUUCUAUGUCAAGGGUGUAUUAGAUGUAAUUCGAACUUUGUGGCCAUCCUCCCGCUGGUCUCUUUUUAUUAUUUAUUUAAAAUUAUUUU